UUGCUAUGGCUACUAGCGUUCUAGUGGCGCAAAUCUGUGCGUCGGUGACGCGUCAGUUAGUGCGAGCGCAUUUAGCAGCGCUGCUAGUGUGUGUAGCAGCACAAACCGGCACCAUGAGCCUCAAUAAACACCAACUGAGUGACUCUUUAUUCAUCUGGCUGCAGACGUUUCAGGUGCCGUCGUGCGCGAGCAAACAUGAGCUGACCAGCGGCGUGGCCAUCGCACAUGUGCUCAACAAAAUAGAUUCGUCCUGGUUUAAUGAGACGUGGCUCAGCAGGAUAAAAGAGGAUGGCGGCACAAACUGGAGGCUGAAGGUCAGCAACCUCAAGAAGAUCCUGCAGAGCAUGAUGGAGUAUUAUCAUGAUGUGUUGAGUCAGCAGGUGUCUGAAGAGCACGUUCCUGACGUGUGUCUGAUCGGUGAGAUGGGGGACGUGACUGAACUCGGUCGUCUGCUUCAGCUGGUUCUGGGCUGCGCCGUCAGCUGUGAUCAGAAACAAGAGCACAUUCAGCAGAUCAUGACGCUGGAGGAAUCAGUGCAGCAUGUUGUGAUGACGGCUAUACAAGAGCUGCUCACCAAAGAGCCCGUGGAGGCAGGAACUCCAGAGCCGUACGGUGAUUUCGACAGUCAGUCCAGGAAGUAUUAUUUUCUGAGUGAAGAGACAGACAAUAGAGACUACACAUCCCAGCGCUGCCGGGAGCUCCAGCAGCAGAUGUCUGUUCUGAUGGAGGAGAAGUCCUCGCUGCUGGUGGAGCUUCAGUCUUUGCGGGAGCGUCUCAAUCACUGCGAGACGCCUGAUGUCUCCUCCACCAUCACCAACAAGAAGCUGCUGCUGCUGCAGAGUCAGAUGGAGCAGCUGCAGGAGGAGAAUUACAGGCUGGAGAGCAGUCGGGACGACCUGCGUGUGCGAGCAGAUGUUCUGGAGCGAGAUGUUACGGAUCUGCAGCUGAGGAAUGAGGAGCUCACCACCCUCGCUCAGGAGGCCCAGUCCCUCAAAGACGAGAUGGACAUCCUCAGGCACUCGUCUGACCGCGUAAGUCGCCUGGAGGCCAUGGUGGAGACGUACAAGCGCAAGCUGGAGGAUCUGGGCGAUCUGCGUAGACAGGUGCGUCUGCUGGAGGAGAGGAACCACGUCUACAUGCAGCGCACCUGCGAGCUGGAGGAAGAGCAGCGCCGAGCCAACGUCAUCCGCUCGCAGCUCGACACCUACAAGAGACAGGCUCAUGAGAUGAGCGCCAAACACUCGGCCGAGGCCAUGAAAGCUGAGAAAUGGCAGUUUGAGUACAAGAACCUCAACGACAAAUACGAGACGCUUCUGAAGGAGAGAGAGAAGCUGAUAUGUGAGCGAGACACGCUGAGAGAGACGACUGUAGAGCUGAGAUGUGCUCAGGUCCAGCAGCAGUGCUUAACAGAUUCUCUGAGCGCUGCUUCAGGAGCUGUCGGCAGCCUGGCGGCAGAGAUCAUGCCUACAGAGCUCAGGGACACGGUUGUGCAUCUGCAGCAGGAGAAUAAGACGCUGUGUGUUCAGGAGGAGUCGUACAGACACAGACUGGAGGAGCUUCAGAUGCAGCUGGAGGAUUCGCAACGCUGCCAGAACACACUCGAGACGCAGAACCGGUUGAGUCAGCAGCAGAUCUCAGAGCUGAGCACUCAGGUGGAGGAGCUGCAAAGAGCUUUACAGGAGCAGGACAGCAAGACUGAGGACUCAUCGCUGUUGAAGAAGAAGCUGGAGGAGCAUCUAGAGAAGCUCCACGAGGCUCAUUCUGACCUGCAGAGGAAACGGGAGGUGAUUGAUGAUCUGGAGCCGCAUGUGGACAGUAACAUGGCAAAGAAGAUCGACGAGCUGCAGGACAUCCUGAAGAAGAAGGAUGAAGACAUGAGACGGAUGGAGGAGCGAUACAAGAGAUACGUGGAGAAAGCUCGCACCGUCAUAAAGACUCUGGACCCCAAGCAGAAGUCCAGCGUGGUUCCUGCUGAAGUUCAGGCGCUGAAGAACCAGCUGACGGAGAAGGACAAGAAGAUACAGCACCUGGAGCAUGAUUUCGAGAAGACGCGCUCCAGACACGACCAGGAGGAGAAGCUCAUCAUCUCAGCCUGGUACAACAUGGGCAUGGCUCUUCAUCAGAAGGUGGCCGGAGAGAGAUCGGGACCCGGUUCUGCUCCGGCUCAGUCCUUCCUGGCCCAGCAGAGACAGUGGACACAAGCCCGCAGAGGCCUGUCCCGCCUGCAGCCCAGAUAAAGCCCCUCACAAGCGCUGAUCCUGACGAACGCUUUACCUCUCGUCCAGCACUUCUGUCUGUCAUCGUCCUGCUGAGAGCGGAGAGAGAAUGUGUUUUAUCAAUGUUUUAGAUGAAGUUUUGUUAUUUUUAGUUGAUCCGAGCGUCAGUGUGUAGUUGUUUUAGUUUAGUGUUAAUUAGCGCCAGAAACCACUGCGUUUAAUGAAGUAGAUCAAACUUUGAUUGUUUUAAUGCUGUCUUUUUACUGUAGAUUUGGGUGUUGAUCAGGGUUACGGUGCAUGUGAACGCACUUUACACACUCGGUGCCUUCUGCCAUCCGUCAAUCAUCUGCUGCACAGAAAACAAACGCUGAAUGCUGGAAGCCUUUAAUGCCACGAACAAAUGAAGUGCUUUUAUAAUGAUUUUUCCAGAGAGCUGCUGUCUUUUCUCGACACUAAUCAUGGAUGAACCGCUGGAGGAGGAGUUUCCACCGGUUGCUGCUUGACCAUUUGUUUUUUUUUUUUUUCUGAUGUAACGUCACCAAAGUCUGUUGCUGGUAUUUAUUUAGGCGGAAACACUACUGACUGUGAACACUGUGUUCUGGCCCUCGUCAGUCCGGACGCUGAGCUUGGUUCGUUUGUUUGUUUGUUUGUUCUUCACUCUCUGAGUGUUUCGUCACAGUGCUGAUGUUCAUGAGUUGCGUUCGUGUGUUUCUCACGGUGUUUUCAUCGUUCGCUCUGGACUGAUGGGGUCGGUACUGAAAUAAAUCACUUUAGUCUCACUGUUUUCUCUUUGCACUACAAUAAAAGAGGUUAUUGGUACAAAAUAUCA